CCCAACUUUGCUUUGCAGGUGGGUGCGCCACAAUGACGGUGAAGAAGACUCAGGCUCUGCAGGAUGGAAGUGCCAAGGAGAACGUGCUGCAGAGGGUGCUGCAGCUGCCCGUGGUGAGCUCGACGUGCCAGACGCUGCAGCGCAAGUACAGCAGCACCAAGGAGUCGCACCCGCUGAUGGCCUCGGUGUGCGAGGUGUACGAGCGCGGCGUGCAGGGCGCCGGCGCCCUGGCCAUGUGGGGCAUGGAGCCCGUGGUGCGCCGCCUGGAGCCGCAGUUCGCUGUGGCCAACAACCUGGCUUGCCGGGGCUUGGACCAUCUAGAGGAGAAGAUCCCUGCUCUGCAGUACCCUGUUGACAAGCUCGCAUCUGAACUGAAGGACACCAUCUCCUGCCCCCUCCAAAGUGCCAAAAGCACCAUUGGCAGCUCCAUGGAUAAGAUCAUCGAGCUGGCGGCGGAGGGCUAUGAGGCCACCAAGAGCACAGUGGAAACGACAGCCAAAUACACAAGGAAGAACUCAGUGACCCAGAUGGCAGCUGCAGGGGUCGACACAGCCCUGGGAGGGCUGGAGAAGCUGAUGGAAUACCUGCUGCCAGAGGAGGAUGAAGAAGCAGAUAAGAAGCCCAAAAAGAAACAUCUGUCAACACCAAAGGUGUCCCAGCAUGCUCCCAGUGCUCCCAGCACCCUGGGCCGGAUUGGUGCUUUGGUCAGCACCGUGUCCCAGCGCGCUUACCAGCAAACCACCCAGAGCCUGCAGCGUGCCAAAACCAAGGGGCAGGAGCUGGCCUCCUGGAUCCCCAUCCUGGGAAGCCUGGCCAAGCCGAGUGCCCCUGCAGCCCCCCAGCCCCGCAGUGACGGGCAGGGCUGGCUGACCCGGCGCCACAGCAAGGCACCCGAGCAGAAGCAGGAGAAGGCAGGCAAGAAGGACACCAACCACGCCAAGGCGGGACAGGACCCUGGGCUCGUGGGCAGCGUGGCUCACAACCUGCAGAGCGCCUGCGCCUCGGGCAUCUCCAGCGUGAAGAAGGUGCCGGCCGUGGCCUGGGAUGCGGCGGAGGGCUUGAUCCUCUUCACGCCCCGCAGGCUGUCCAGGGCCAUGGAGACUGUGGAUGCUCUCGGGGGAACCCUCGUCAGUGCCCCUAAGCAUCUGCUGGGCACCCUGUACAGCUAUGUGCCGCUCCGCAGGCAGUCGGUGAAGGAAGAAGAAGCAUCCAGGGCCAGCAAGACCAACACGGAGAAGAAAGAGAAGAAGGAGAAGGAGGAGGAGGAGGAGACCAAGCCCGCUGCCCCCUCCAGCGAGGAGAAAUCGCAGCUGAGGAGUGACUGGCGGCUGUACCGUGGCCAUCACCCCCUGUCCUUCCUGGGGCUCGAGGACCCCCUGUUCCUGCGGCACGGCUACUACCGCAGCCCUGCCCUGGAGCCCGAGUACCCGUUCCCAAGGAAAUCCGCCUUCUCCCCCUACAACAGGAGGGUCAGUGAGGGCUCCUACCGCUUCAGCCCCGAGUCCAUGUACAGCCGGGCCUACUACGGCAGCCUCUACAGCCCUGUCUACAAGAAGGACUGA